AUGGGAAAUACACUGGUCAUUGCCGAUUUCAACUAUUUUGAAGACAGGCCUCAUGAUGCUGCUACAGAGCACCGCCUACGAGUCAAUCAUCAGAUACAUGAACGUUUCCGAAUUAGAGAUAACAAUAACCCUCUUGAUAUGAGCAUAACUGAGUUUGUAAAAUUGUAUCGAAUCCCACAGCAUGAUGCAGUGGACUUGUGCAAUAUUUUAAGACAUUAUGUGCCUCAACGCUCCAGCCCUCAUCAAACUCCGUUAUUUAGAAAGCUUUUGAUUGCUUUAUCAUUUUAUGCAUGUGGGUCGUACCAGAGGAUGCUAGGAAGGUCCAUUGAUGCCGCUGUGUGUCAGACCACAGUAAGUCGAUGUGUUAGAGAAAUAACAACAGCUCUAAACCAUCCGGAAGUUUUGAGCAACUUCAUCAAGUUCCCUGUGACUCAACAGGAACGACUCGAAGUGAUACAGAGGAAUGAUCAGUUGGGCAUGCCCCGUGUCCUGGGUGUAAUGGAUGGUUUCCUAGUGAGGCUCUCCAAUCUCCCCCGGGACAAUGAAAGGCAGAGCUUUUAUGGUCGGAAGGGGUUCCUUGCCCUGAAUAACCAAAUUAUCUGUGACGCAGACCUAAACAUUCUAAAUGUAGAUGCCAGAUGGCCUGGAUCACUGACAGACAAUUUGAUUUGGGAAGCUUCUGCGGCUAGAAAUGUUGUGGAGCAGGCAUAUUGGGAAGACAGGUGUUGGUUGUUAGGAGAUAAUGGGUACUUCACAGCACCCUGGCUUCACGUGCCUCUUCCCCAUGCAGAACCAGGCACCCCAGAGUUUAUAUACACACAAUUGCACUGCCGCUGCCGAAAUGUUGUGGAAAGGUGUAUAGGCAUUUUGAAGGCUAGGUGGAGGUUACUCUGCUGUGAUCGCUGUAUCAACUAUAGAGAUGCCACCUAUGCAGGUAUGAUGGUGAAUGCUUGCUGUGUCUUACACAACUUUUGCAACAGAAGAAGAGUUCCCAAUCCUGAUCCUCUUAUAGAAGAUGAUGUGUACGUACUCCCCGAGGUUGAAGAUCUUCCCAUGGAUAUGAAUGUUUUUGAGAGGGGUAGGCAAGAAUUGCAGUACCUCAUCAAUUAUGCUAAUCAAAGGCAUUGA